CAAGCCGGCAAAAAGUGUAUGUGCAGAGCUCCUCUAAGUGUAUCUGCAGAGCUCCUCUAAGUGUAUCUGCAGAAUAGAGGAACUCUGCACAUACACUUUUUGCCGGAAACCGCUGUAUGGAGGGAAUGUCCCAGAACUGUCAGAAAUAGACUAUUUCUGACAGUUCUGGGACAUUCACUCCAUACAGCGGUUUCAACCGCUGUAUGGAGGGAAUGUCAUAGAACUGUCAGAAAUAGACUAUUUAUGACAGUUCUGGGACAUUCCUUCCAUACAGCGGUUGAAAUCCAUUUUGUCCUUCUUCUCAUCCUUCUCCUUCUCAUCUUCUUCUCAUCCUUCUUCUCAUCCUUCUCCUUCUUCUCAUCCUUCUCCUUCUUCUCAUCCUUCUCCUUCUCCUUCUUCUCAUCCUUCUCCUUCUUCUCAUCCUUCUUC